AUGCCUCCGCGAAAACGACCAGCAACGCAAACUACAGCGCUCGCAGCCAUUCCAUCCGUUCGCCCCAACAAGAGAGCCCGGCGGCCAAGACUGCGUCCUGGGGAGGCGCCCACUGUUCAUGAAAGCACUACAACUGAGCAGGCCAACGUGAUUGCUUCAAACCCUUCAAGUUCAUCCCCAGGCACAGUGUCCGUGGAUUUCGACGCAAUCACCGCUACCAUUUCUGCCGUAAUUACACAAAAGGUAAAGACGGCCUUCUCGCCUGCUAAAUUGACUUCGCUGCUCGACAACAACUCCCCAACGCCAGUAGUUACGCAAGCGCCAACUGAACUUGUUGAACAGGCUGUGGAUGACGACGUCAAUGUCAUCACCAAUCCUCAGUCAGGUAUUGGAGCAGUUGAUCCUAUUUUAGACUUAGUUAACACAGGUCCGUAUGAUCAAAGACCACAAGUUCAAUUCACCAGUGUUUCUGUCCCUGUCACUUCGAGAGUGAGUUCCAAAUCAAAGCAAAAAUUUGGGCAAAUGAAUAUAUUAAUUUAGGGUCGUUAUUGUCUUAUUCACCACAGCAGGAGGAAAAAUACUCACUAUCUAUGUCACCGUCAGUCGCCGGUUCUUCGAGCCAGCCUCAACUGACGCUUGAACCUUGUCACGUUUCUAAGAAAAUAACCAACAUUUCACAGUGGGUCUCUGCGUUUAACAAUUACAAUUACAAUUUAACAAUUACACUCCUCAAUUAA